UCCCGGACGGAGGGGAAGAUCACCUUGCUCCUCCAGCUGAUCAGGGAGGAGCUGGAGCACAAGGCAGAAGGGGAGAAGCCGCCGAUGAAGUUCACCUCGGAGGCCCUGCCGGUGCACGUUUCCGCCUGCGUCCUGGCGCUGUGCGGCUGGACCUGCGGCGCCCUGUCCGGCUCCGCGCUCCUCUCGGUGAUCACCUGCUCGCGCUGCAUGAGGAAGGUGGGGCUGUGGGGCUUCCACCAGCUCGAACCCGGGGGCCCGGAGCUGGAUUCGUGCGGGGCACCCGCCGAGCGCUGCCCGCCCGUGCCCACGUCUCCGCGCAGGAUGCUGACGCGGAGCCAAGACGCUUUUCCUCCGGGCUCCGAGCAGCAGGAGAAGAGCCCGGCCCCGGCGGUCUCUCGCCCGCGGGCUUGGGACACCCCCAGCCCCGUGGAACGAGGCGAAUUGGAGGCGGCCAGCCCCACGCCGAGGAGCCGCCCCGUCACCCGCAGCAUGGGGCAGGGGGAAACGGUGGACGUGCCGUCCAGCCCCGUCCGCAGGGCCAAGCGGGCACGGCUCUGCUCUUCCAGCAGCUCGGACACUUCUUCGAGGAGUUUCUUCGACCCCGGCUCGCAGCAUCGCGACUGGUGCCCCUGGGUCAACGCGGUGGAGGGCGCGGAGGCCCCGGAGGACUCCGCAGCCCAGGCGCAGAAGGAGCCCCCAAAGGCGGAGCCGGGCUGGCAGGUGGUCCUGAACGUGCUCCUGGCCAUCCGAAAAUGUGACAGAGUGCCCGAGACGGAGCCUGUGAGCCUCUCGGUGAAAUCCUGCAAGGUGUUCCGCAUUUUCCGCCAGUGGGAGAGCGCCAAUCCCUCCUGAACCCGCCUCUGCCUCCGGGGACGG